AUGGCAAGGACAAAACAAUGCGCGCGAAAGAAUCCCGGGGACUGGGCCUACCGUCCCGGAUGGAACUGCUACGAGAAAAGACCUCACCAACCCACAACGACGUCAGGACCGAGCUCAACUCAAACAGAAGCAUUAAUCCCAUCCAAUCCUUUCUCAGCCAGCAAUUCCACCAUUCCAAUCCCGGACCUCUCACGCUUCCGCACCCUCCCAUUCGAAAUCCGCACCUCAAUCUGGGAAGCUUUCGCCUGCCUACAACGAAUCGUCACCAUCCACGCCAUCACCGACCGCGGCCUCCGCGCCCCCAUCCCUCCCAUCCUCCACGUGUGCGCCGAAUCCCGUGCCGUGGGAUCAAAGCACUACACCCUAUCCUUCGGCUUCCGCGGCUCGACGGACUUCAACGACGUCUCUGAGCGGUGGGACGAUCAUCCUGCGCUGGAGGCGAAGGUGUAUUUUAACUUUGAGCGGGAUGUGCUGUAUUUUGGGAGAGAGUGGAAUGAAGGUAUUGUGGGACAGUGGUCUUGUGCGAAUCAUUUGAAGAGGUUGGUUAAUGGGGAGGAUAUGAAGAAGGUGGAGAGGAUUGGGUUUGAUGUUGAUGUUAGUGUGUGUUGUCAGCUGGCAGGGAGGAAUCAUGGGCCGUGGUUGGUGCCGUGGACGGGGUUGAAGAAGGUUUAUUUGGGGUUGAGGGAUCCUCUUCCAGCUGCUGAAAGUCUGUCUUACUUGAGAUCGAGUAAGCCGGAUUGGAAGAGGGAGGGGCUUUUGGAGGCAUUGGGUCCGGAUCUUUAUGAGGAGUUCGUGAAGCGGUAUCGUGGUGUUGGUAUCUGGCUAGAGGUGCCGGAAGAGCUUUCUGGUGAGGAGGCGGUGGAGUUCAUUAGGACGAGGUUGGGGAGAGUCUAUGGGACUCAGCAUGGUGCGUUCCAUGUGCAGCAUGGCGAGGAGGACUUUCAUGAUAUGUUUACUACAGCGUUGGUUGUCAGAAAGUAG